GCGUUGUGGAAUGGUUGUGGGAGCGUUGUGGGAUGGUUCGGGGAGUGUUGUGGGAUGGUUGUGGGAGUGUUGUGGAAUGGUUGUGGGAGCGUUGUGGGAUGGUUCGGGGAGUGUUGUGGGAGUGUUGUGGGAUGGUUGUGGGAGCGUUGUGGAAUGGUUGUGGGAGCGUUGUGGGAUGGUUGUGGGAGCGUUGUGGAAUGGUUGUGAUAGCAUUGUGGGAUGGUUCGAGGAGUGUUGUGGGAUGGUUGUGGGAGCGUUGUGGGAUGGUUGUGGGAGCGUUGUGGGAUGGUUGUGGGAGCAUUGUGGGAUGGUUGUGGGAGUGUUGUGGGAUGGUUGCGGGGCGUUUCAAAGGGAUAUAAGAGUGUUGUGAAAGGUUUGUGUUGUCCUACAGGUGUUGUAUUAGCAUCUGCCAGAGGUGGACAGCAGAAAGAUGGUGCAUCAGAUGGAAAAUAACCUUCAGUUGCUGGAAAACAACAUGGACAAUGUCCUCAAAACAGCAGAGAUGCUUGGUGGUGCACACCAGGAAGCGCGAGUCAUUUAUGCAGUAGAGCUGAUGUCAGUGCACAUGGAGCAUCUGAAGAGACACCAUGCAACAGUGAGCGAGGAGAUGCUGGAGGUCAGGAAGCUGCUGCACAGGAGGAAGGGCCGAUUACACAGUGACUCCACAGAUGACACGAGACCUGUUCAGACAUUCAUCACAACAGCCUGUGUUUAUGUCGUAGCCGACACGUCGCAGGGUCAGCAUCACCUUACUUCCAACUCAGUCUGAGUUGAAGCAUCUAGAGACGUCGUUUCUGGAGAACUGCAAAACCAGUGCGGACUCAAAGAAGCGGCCUGAUACGCAAGCAGACAGGAGGCAAAAAUACACAUCCUUAAGUUUGAGGGUAGCUAAAACUUUAAUUAACCAGAAAGACUGACUGUUUC